CUUUUAAACCCAUGACAAACACACGCACCGAACUUUAAUCUUAGCUCGAAAGUCUUAUGCGUUCUCAACGACAAGGAAGGAACUAGACGAAAUAUUUGUGCACGUUUAAAAUCGAGUUUAUCGAGAUUGCAGUUCAAGUUCCCAGAGGUCUUAUCUAUCUUCCGGUACUAUCAGCGACAAUAUUAUAACUCAACCUUGUCACUCUACACUGCAAAUUUAUGCGUAACAGCGAACCUCACGAGAAACCUUCAAAAAUGAAAUGGACUUGCGGUUUCCUAUCGAGAGAAAGAAGCGAGGAUUCCCUUGAUACCUUCGAGCCAGAGUAAGUCAGUGUUAGUGUGGUAUGCCUGUGGCUUUUAAGACUUAACGUGAUUUCACAAAAACAUGAUAACGAAAUUAUAAACAGUCACUAUUGACAAAUUUCAAACUAGCCUGUAAACAAAACCAGAGUGUUCACGAAACCGGACACUGAGGUGACUGAGUUUUGACACUAUUACUAAUGAAUUUUAUCAUUGUUUCCUUUGUUUAGCACGAAGUAGGUCUAUGUAUUUGUUAAAUAAUGGUAUAAUUGAACAGCACCCGCUGUAUAAUUUUUGUUUCUGAUGGGUCCUCUGAAAUCGUUGUAUUAGUAUUUUGUACUUUCGUUUAGUUGAAGUGAUGUUUCAACUGAACUCGAAAGAACAAUUUGCCGGUAUUUCAAACAGCGAAAAAAAGGGCAGGUUUUUUUUGGUGGACCAUGCUCCAGUUGGGCAAGUUAUCACGAAACUUUUUGUCUAGUGCAUUUGAUAUAGUGUUUCUUGAUUUAAUGAUCAAUAACGGAGAAACAAACCAAUAUCACAAAAUUAGCAUAUAUUGAUUAUUCCAAUAGCCAAUCUUUAAACCAUGUACGCCGACUAAUGUAAAGCAUAAACCAUUUCAUAUCCGACUUUUCUCGGACGAAAUUCGGGAAUUUCGAAGUACUGGCAAGAAAACUAACUCGAAAGUUAGAUUGAUUGUCUUGGCGAACUGAGAAACUAACUCCGGUAUCGGAGAGAAAAGACCAGAAAACCAAGGUACAAUACCGCCAAAGUAAAAGUAAUUAAGACCGGGCCGUCAAGUCAACCUCGCUUUUCAGUAGUUUUCGUUUUGCCCUACCACUGAUUUGUUACGUGUUUUUCUUUUGAACGGUUUUAGUAGUUUUAGUAAACGACUGCUAAGACAAUAUAUCUUCACUUUGAGAAAUGCUUCAUCGAAAAAUGUAUCGUAGCGUGACCAAAGUCAUCGAUACAUCCCGUGUGUUGCGCAAGUGUCAAGUUUCGAUUAAAAAAAAAUUCCUUAUUUUUAAACCCUAAAUAUCAACGCGCGUAUUCUCCAUACUGAUACCUAUACAUUCUUGUGCUACUCACCGAGAAAAUUUCCCUCAAAUCGGAGCGGCUAUGUUAUUCUCGUGACUUCAUUGCGGAGCUACGAGAGAAAAUUUAUGAUCUGCUCUUUAUAAGGGUUCUAGGGAUCAUAAGGGCAAGGGUUUGGAUUUCCGCCUUGUUGUGAGUAGUGUACUUUAAAGGUAGUUCAUGAACGAUUAUCUCAACGGGCUUUUGAGAAAGGAUCAUGCUGUGUAGUGUGAUACGUAAACAGCACCACAGGAGUAUUAGAUUUCACUUAAAGUUUUUCACGUAUUCUCAAAAAGUAGACUCCCGGCACUUUUAUUGUUAUUGAAGGAGGUUGAGUCCUCUCCCGAUCGCAGAAUGAUAAAACUUCUAACUUUUGAUAACUUGUUUCCGCCACUUCGGCAUGUUGUUUAAAUGACGAGGGAUUUCACGGUUUCCGCCAAAAUGACGCUGGUUCGCAUGCGCGCACUUGUUCCCAGGGCUUUUCUCUUCAAGCCCUGAGUCCGAGGUCGAUGAAACCUCUUCAGCAGUUCUUUACUCCGGGGGUUCUUUACACACAGUCUCCGAAACCAAGAGAGAAUGAGCUCAUUCUCUCUUGUCGAAACUUAACUGACUACACGUGACUAAUUUAAAAGACACCAGGAAUCGUACCUCAGGGAAGUACGGCUCAAUAGGUUUCAUGCAUCAUAAUACAGGGGCACCCAACGACAAUUUUCGGAAAAAUAUCUGUUCGGAAGACGAUUUGAGAUCUAGAAUUCUCGGAACAGUUGUUGUAAAAGUUCUUGCUUGCCUGCCUCUCCUAGGAUUUUCGAACAUGUAAAAAAUGGUAUAAUUGCCUAUUUUUAACGGAUUUUUACCCUAAAAAGGUCACCUAGAAUUUUCGGGAGCCUUUUUCUGGCUGAAAUUUUCGAAAAGGUAAGUUUUGAUCCCUAUAAUUUUCGGAUCACUAGACUUUCUGCUAGGAAAUCCGAACAGAUGAAAAAUUUUUAGGGGAUAAAAAUAUGCCUAUAUCUACCGUUUAAAUACUAAAAUACGUUUAACAAUGCUAUGUUUAAGUGGUUUUGAACUAUAUUCUCGUUGGGUGCCCCUGAUAAUAGACUCCCAGAGAACCUUCCUGCCGCUAGAACCCUGUCAUUGAAGUAGUGGGCAAAUAAGAAAGAGGCAAAGACUUAACAAAACACAGAGUCAGAAUUCGCACCUCACAGAAACACUGCUGCACAUGUUUGCUUUUAUCAGCCCCUCUUCGUGGAUUAUCACCUACAAAGCCUAAACUUGAUCUCUUCAGAAACCGUAACUCCGGACCAAAGUACAUACUGGUUUUUUGGGACAUCAAAACAUUUAAAACAGACUUCACUGCACGGCGUCAGAAAUCACCUCAGAAAAUUACUAUUCCUAUCGUUUUCAUUUGAAUGGCAUCAAAGAAAUUUAGGCAGUGAUUUGAACAAUUUCCUUUAUAUUCUCAGGUUAAGAACUGUCGUUCUUAUAUGGAAGAAAAACGGCGCCCAACAGGAAGGCAUUAAUUGCACUUGUACUUGGUUUUUUUUUCUCUUUAUAAGAUAUUACUUCAUUAUAUGAAGAGGUUUUAAAAUUGACGCUUGCUGAGAGCCUUAAACGGCUCAAGCCUCGACUAUCAGACUUCAGUUUUAGUUGGUUCCCUGAUCUUUCUACCUUAUCACUGAGCCUAAAUUGCUUUUGAGGAUCUCAGUAAUGUUUUUUGCUCCGAUUGGAAAGCUUAAUUUUCUAUGCGAGUGAUAUGUUUACUCUCCUCAUGUACUUCGCUACUCAGGAUAUAUGAAAUCACAAAGGUGGGCUCUCCUCAUAACUUUAUCAAGGUUACUUUGCUUUUUCUUCUUUUUUUAGUUUAUGUAAGUGUCAAUGUAUUUAGCGCGAAGGUUCUAAUCGAGGAUACUGUUUUUAUGUCUCCUACCUGGAGACUGGACUGCCAUUUCUAGUGGGCAUACGAGCCACAUGAAGGAUUGGCCGCAAGACAAAGCCUGUAUCGUCUUUAUAGUGUUGUUCCGGCCCCGGAGAUCGCGAAUCCAGCAACCUCUCGCUUUGCAGGUCACCAUUAUAUUCUACGGGCUUAGAAAAGACAAGAUUACUCAGCUGCAUUUUCCUGCGUCUAAAACUUUCUUUUAGGCAUAAUAAAUUAGCAAUCCAGAAAAGUUCGCUACUUAUCACUUUCAUCUCAGUGACCAAGAAUAUUUCAACCUCAGUCUCAUCAACAAUAUCAUAAGGAAAAUUUGAUCAAUAACAAUUUUCAUUUUCAUUAAUCCACUAUGGUCAAAAGUCAAAAGUUAAAGCCAAUCACCACAUCAAUUGAUAUGAUUUUUUUGGUAGAGAUAUGUAAUCAGUGGAAGUUAUUAUAAUCGCAGGCUACUCAGAAAUGCACUGUUCUUGCACAACAGAAAGAAGCAAAGCUGAUGUGACAAUUGGGAAUAAAUAAUUUUUCUCUUUUACCAAUGUUCAAAAGGCACAGCCUUCCUUUCUUCCUCAAGGUCUUACAGAUGACUAGGUUAACUAGCUAAGACUUUUAUGCAAUAGUUUUCCUACGGAACGUAAAAACUGAAAUGCGUUCGCAUUCCAGCGUUCACGUGACCUAAUUUGCAUACCGCAAUCUUCUUAAUGAAAACACCGUGCAACGGUGGCUAAUUUAGACCAGCGGUUCACCGUAGAAACUUAGUUGCAUCAAGAGUUUGCAGAAGAGGUUACGUUAAAAUUAAAACUCUGAAUCAGCGGAGUCAGUGGUAACAUGAGGAAUAUAAAAACCUUUUAAUUUAAUCACCAAUCUUAACUGACGUUUAAAACACCACCUAGGAUGUUUUCACAUCGCUGAUCCUAGCAGUAUGCAGUACUUAUUAGCAAAUGGCCCAACCCUUCCCGUCAUGGCUUCCUCUGAUCAAUCACCGAGCCCACGCGGCAUUCUGGGAUAUAUGUCCUGCCGAGCCGAUUCAAUGCUCGUACCGCGAUAUGACUGGUGAACAGCCGGCGAACACUACGUCUCUCCCAAUAUUCUGACCGUUCAAUUCUCCCAUAGCAAAACUUAUUAUCUCUCCUAUUGUUUGGCUUUCUUUGAAGUAACGAGGGGCUUGAAAAAUGACAUAGCAAUUAUUGGAUUCGGCUUUCGUAUGAUAUGAAGAAUUAUGUAGAUCGAGGAGGAUAUAAUCGGCUCGUCGAGAAGGAUACCUUGUCCCCAGGGACUUCUCGUUUUGCUGUCCCUUUUUCUGUCGAUAUUUUGUAAUACUCAGAAUACUGAUGACAUGUGACUGGAUAUCGAAAACGUCUUCCAAAUUUGGUCGACGUCGACCAGCUUUGAAGAAGUGGCCAGAGUUUCAGCCAAUCAGAAACGGAAAAAUGUUUUGAAUGAAUAAUGAUACGAUGACUAAGGUUAAACUUAAAAUGGCUUCUACAUGUUGUUAAAUUUAAUUCCUUUAUUCCUUCAUCCAAAUUCCAUGGUAAGCCGACAAACGUAAUCUCUUUUUAACACCCAACCGUACCUGAUUGAGAGCCGAAAUCCAGCUAGGCGAAAAAUUAUCUCUUUUUGCAAAACAUCAGUAUAAUGACAUAAUGAUUUAGUAUCGUUUCGGUUAAUAUCCACCGGUAUCGGCUCAGUUAACAGAUCUUAGCAGCCUGCAGUGUCUGCCCAAUAACUGUACACAUGCAGGCCAAGUCAAGACUCACUGAAAUGUUAAUUUGCACAGUAACGUAUAAAGAGGUUGGGAACACUGGAGAUACGUACUGCUCAAGAGCUUUACAGCUGUUUUUCAAUGGUGGUCGCUCCCACACCGUAAACAGCCUCUUCCGAUUUUAGUACCACUUGAGGACUCUUGAAAUAGUGAAACCUUCACCAAGCCGUCAUUUCCCGAACUAAAUCCACAGAAACACUAAAAAUCAUCCAUCUAUUUAUUGCAUUGAACAAAGCCGUCUUCUAAUUAACUCGAUUGAUGCCAAAAUAGCCUGAAACUGACGGUCUACAAUUCAUUCUUCCCUGCGAACUGUAACAGUGAGGUGCACAUAUCGUGCAAAUGGGACUGAAGACAGACAGAUUAUACUAUUGAAGUUAAGUCGGGAGAGAGUCCACUUAGGAUUACCUAUCCGUAAACUCUCUAUGUCCAUGGUAGUGAAUUAGUGCACAUUGCGAUAAUUAUCAAGGUCACGGUCAGUGUGAUGCUGACUCGUCCCCAGUCGUCUCUUUUGUCCCCUAAUUAAAUGUUAACGAGGGAAGCGCGUGAAAGAUGCGCGAGGGGGGAGAUGGGAUGGAGGGAACAGGUUUUCCUUGCUAUCGCACCCUUCGCCGAGAUGCCGUAAUAGUCUCCCGCGACCGUUCUGUGACAUCUUAAAAAUGAUAAGGGACGACUGGGGACGAGUCAGAUUAUGACGCACCGCUGCCUACAGCCCCGGUAGAUAAUUGUUAUAAUUUUGCAAGGUACUGCAUGGGCUGCAUGGUUUUGGUUUAAAUCUACAAACAGCAGCGUUAAGCACAAGCAUACAAAUACUUUUUACAAAAUUUAAAGAGUAACACUCUAGUAACAUCAAUCAAGGAAUUGACUGUCAACGGCCUGAAAGGUUGUCGAGAUCGAGGGCUUGCAGUAUCGAGCGGCCAACUUGAUUUCGUAUGUACCAACGGGGCGCUUAUCUAUUGUUAUCUGUAUUUAAAAUCUCGCAUAUGCAACGUUCAUCUCGUAUUCGUAUUUCUCUGUUUAGCCCUCCCUCACCCCGCCUUUCUCUUAGAUUGUUUGUGUUGCAAACCGAAAUAUCGCCGUAAGGAGUGACCUGCGAUCAGACGGCCCUUCUUCCCGAAAAUAAACUCGCACCGAGUUCAACUCGACUUGUCUCAGGCCUUGCGCGUUAAAUAUAAUCCCGCAGGCUGAGUACUGUUUAAAAACCCAUGGCAAACACUAUACCUUUGGCAGACCAGGAAGCAAAAUAGCAGAGAACGUCUUCACAGAAUGUACAACAACAACAACAACAACAACAACAAUGUAUUUAUUUAAAGAAAUAUAAAGUUUACAAUUUUAUGUCCUGCAAAUAGCUAUAAUGCUAAUCUAGGCAGGACAAGACUUUAAAUAAAGACGUUAUUAAACUACAUAAGAAAAAAGAAAAGAAAUACAAAAACAUACAGAUAGAAACACCCUACAUAUAGAGGGGAUUUUGUUAUUUGAAAAGGACUAAAAUUAUCAGGUUAACUCCACAAAAUAUUCUAUAUUUCUUCACAAUAUAUUCUAUAUAAUAUACUGUUACUCUGUCAAUCUGUUUAACAAAUGCUCCUUUUUUUUUUUUAAAAAAUACCAUCUUUAAUAGUCUAUGAAGGUGCAAGUUUGGUUGAUGAAAUAUUUUCGAUGUUUAAAGAACUAAAAAGAUUCUCCCAUAGUUUAUAAGCAUGAAAGGAAAAUGGACUAUUAUCAAGGUCAAGAAUUGUGAAAUUGUGGUGAUAAAUAUAAUUAUCCUUUCUUGCCAGAUGAAAUACCGUGAACUGCCAGAGCCAUCAAUUUUGAUCUUAAUCCAGAUAAUUCAGAUAAUUGAGAGGCACGGUUAAAAAAAAGCAUUCUGCAGACGGAAUCCCUCGUUUCUGAACAAAUCAGUGAGCAAAAAAGAACUUCAAAAAAGAUCCGUUUAAAUGAGGAAUUCCAAAGACGUGCAUAAUACGUUAUUUUAGACUGAACAAAUUCAGAAAUAAAUUCUUUGUCUUCUGUUGAAGCUUAAAACACUACCAUAACAAACCUAUAAUUAUGCGUCCGCUUGGCGCUGCUACAAAGGCCUUACAAACAAGCGAGACAGUCGACUGACUCACUUUAACGCGUUACCGUUGGGGCAAUCUCUAAGAGUUUUUCUUGAUGAGAAUAAAAGAAAACAAAUCGAAGAACGUCAGGGACAACUUCGAAGUCUCUUUUUUUGAAAGUUGUCAGUCUUCCAGAAGAGUCCACAUUUGUCCAACUGACUAGUCACGAGCAGAAAUAUUUCAGUUGCUCAUUGAUAGAUUUCUCUGCAGUUUUACCUCGCUUAAAAUAUUUAAUAUUGUACUCGGAAGGGAAGAAGGAGCAAUUUGUUACGCGAACAGAAAUUUGGUAAGAAAACCAAACAAUGCUUAAUAAGACACGUGCGCAAGUUUGGGUAAACUGAUUUUGGUUUUUGUCUUUUUUCUGAUUGGUUGACAAAGUGGCGCGAGAUAUUUCAGCCAAUCACAAAGCGUUGCAAUAUACAAAGCCAGAGUAACCGCUCUUGUUGGUUUAAGACUUUCAUCCCCGAUUCUGAUGAGCUGGGAAAUGACUGAGGUCUCGCUAACAACUGGUAUAUUCAUCUUUGCAAAUUUCGGCUGAUUAGAAUUUGGUGUGGUUUUAAGAACUUUUAAGAAAUAAUCUGCUUACUGCUUUUUUGCAAUAAUUUUUAAUUUUAUGGGUCUUGCUUAAUCAUUCCAACUAAAUCUCUUUACUGCAAUAGAAAUUUGCAGCUGUCAUUGUGUGUCCUCAUUAAUUGCACCACCGGCUCAACUCUCGUUCAUGUUUCAUAGUGAAUAUCAACAUUGGCUCAAACUAACCAUUAAUUGCUUUGAUGUUUGAACAUUUUUCCCAAGCUAUACAGAGGCGUAAAAACGUACGAAGACAGUUAAUAGAACUGAGUUUACAUUGUGGUUUAAGGAAUAAAUCCUGGUUUUACAAGGAUCACAAACGACGUAAAUGAAAUCACGAGUGUGAUUCGUGUGAACUUUAAAUACAAACAGCACAACAGAAAGCAUACUGAUAAAAUUGAAUUGUUUCAUCAGAGUUAACACACCGUCCAAACAUUUUCAGCAUUCGAGCUUUCGUGUUGCGAUAACCUUCGUAUUUUAAGAGGGCAAAUUAAAUCUACAUAAAUCUCUUUUUUCCCUUUCUUUAAGAGGAUUAAGGCUAAAGACUGUCAAAUUAAACAGAAUUAAAAGCCUAGAUCGUCGACCUCAAUACCAUCCCAGAGCGUCACAAUGCAUUAGUUUUUGGUGGUAAAAUUUGUCAAUAUAAUAUAUUGCAUGUGAAUGCGAAACCAUUUACCCCUGGAAGGUACCCGAAACACGGCUCGAAUCUUUCGCAAUCCAUCAUUCAUUAGCAUUGUGUUUGGGAUUUCUUGGUGUCGGAAGCACGCCAUCAAGAAUGUUUCUCCUAGAAAUGUAAAUUAUUUCUCUAAACCGCAAGCCUGCCAUAUAAAACAAAGAUACUGGUUUGUUUUAUUUGAUUUCGUCAGCUGAUUACGAUUUUGUUAGUGGACCAAUAUUUCAUAUGAUUUUCGUCUUCUGUUUUGUCUUCUAUAACAGCCCAGCGAGACGGUUCAGAGUCGGCAGUAUGGAUACCACGAAAAACAACAGAUACAACCCAAAGUAAGUAAAAAUUCAUGAAAUGGUUUUUUCAUUCAAAUGUUUUCCGUCCAUUCACCUCUGAUGGUAUAAGACUCAAGCAUUGUCAAAAUGCGGCAAAAUGCCAUUGUUUUUCGUAGUGACCGUAUCGAGAGAUCGGUCUCACUGCCGGAUCUCAUAACAUACGAUACUAAAUUAAAAAUGCAUCUUAAUAGCUGUUCCGCCGUUCCGUGAACCGAAUUCCACUUGCCUUACGUUUGACUUCGUCAUUUGAAAUAAACCCCACUGACUAAAGGUUCUCGAGUCAUGGACAUUUUGUUUCCUACUGCUGAAACACUCUCCUAGUUACAUGUUUAAGUUAAGUGGGUCUUCUUUCAUUACUGAAAUAAUGUUUUUUAAAACCGGCGGAACUAUUUGUGGCAUGUUGUUUUAGGAUAACAUAUGGUUUUUCCACGAGAUUAAUUCGCGGUAGCGUUUUUUUCUUGAAAUAAUCAUCAUCUGUUGUUAGCUUUAAAAAAGUAGGAAAGGGAAUAUCGUGCCAAUGCUUUGUUAUGCCUUCCCGUAUAUAACCCACACCGGAAUUGUAGAAUCGUCGAAGCAAAAAUACUGAUAUAUUAACCUUAAUUAUUCACCAGCCAUUCAACUUGGCGAUUCACCUCUUCACACUUGUGUAGACUGUUUGUCCUGUUUGGUUAGCAUUACUUUAAGUUCUAGUCAGUGAAAUUAAUCUAAGUUUGUUCACACCCAAAAGAAGUUGUGUUCGAUUUUGGAAACACUUUAUGUUUAGGAAAUUUAGUCAAGCGUGAUGUUCUGUCUUGCAGUUCUAAUAUCAAGUCGUUUCGAUACAUUUUGGUUGUAACAAUCAGUGCGAGACCUUUAAUUUGUUUUCCACACGUCGCAGACAAAACUUUUGUCUUUGUUGAUACAAUAUCGUGUGUAAAUAUUGUCUAGCAGACAUAAAGGUGACAUUUAUGGAAGAAAAAAAAAACCCUUCUGGGACGUCUAGGAAGUUUUGUCUUGAUCAACUUCUUAACUGAACAAAAAAGAAAACAUAUCACGAAGUUUCAAAAGAAUUGUUCCGUAUGGAUUCACUGGUUUAAUUCGUGCCUACUUGCACUGCUUUGCUUAAUUACAGGAACAGUGCACAUUCUUCCUUGGGUUACCAUGACAAGAUGCCUACAACCCUUAUUUUUCACGAAGCAAGUUUCAAUUUUUGAGUUAAGAAGAGAUCGUGUCUCGCAAAUUAAGCUGAUUUGACAUUCUGAUAAGGAAUAAAUUUUUCUUUUCAUAUUUCUUGCUGGGAUUAUUUUUUUUAGAUGAAUUUUUACAUUUCCUGACAUAUAUUUAUCCAUUUCCCUUUUUCACUGUAACACGAGCCAUCUUCUAAGAGGUCUUCUAUUGUCGGCACCAAUACACACUUUUCUCGUGACCAUAAGGCCGAAUGGGGAUUUUUUAUUUAAUAUUGGAAAGAUGACCAGUUUAAAAAGCAGUCUGUCUCCUUUUCACGCAGAUAUGUCUCUUGAUUUGUGUAAUGUGGCUGACUAUGUGGAGGCGAUGUGCUUAAGUGUGUCUUUUCAAACGGAAGCUUUUGACCACCAUGUCCUGAUCGCAGAUCAUUUGUCAUGUUUGUUUGCUGUAUAACUGACUCGCCCUCAGGCAUCUCUCUUUGCUCGUGUCACGCGCGAUAUCUUGGGAAAGAUGCAGCUUCAUGCACUCGCCUUUUUUCGCGCUAAAGCGGUGUUUCCAACUUUCAUGGUAAUAUCACAAAAUUAUAACUAUGCAAACGAAAAUCCUUCUCAAAUCAAAAUUGUUCAUUAUUUCCGAAAAGGUUCGGCUUGAUUACCAAAAGCUGUUCGGGAAAUGAGCCCGCGUUCCUCCGCCGAAAAAGUCUCGUGGUAGAAAUUGACGUUUGCCGGACCCGAGAGUGUGGCGAAAAUACAAAAAGGUUUUUCCCCCUUGGAAAUAUGAUGUUAUAAUUCUCUAACCCUCCUUACGCUCCUUGUACUCUGUAAUCUAUGCCGUUAUCACUAUGCAAUGUCUUCCUUAUUUCAGACCAAGCAGAGAGGAAGUGCAAGAGUGGGGAAUAAGCUUUGAAAAACUACUUCGAAGCAAAAGUAAGAAUCUCACCUAGUGUGAAAGGAUAACUAGGGCGUACGGAGGUGCAUGCGAAAUAAAAGAGAUUCAAAAUCACGUUUACGGCAAUCGGCAAAUGCCAGAUUCAAAUUGACGAUGUUUUUGUCACAAGAUAGGAAAUGAACAGAUUUUAACUGUGCAAACUAAUUCUUAUCUGUGAAACAGGCGUGAAACGGUAUGUUUUUUGUAGACAUAGUGAACCAAGUAAAUCGUGGCGACAGGUGAAGGAGAAUCUUGGUCACGUGGUAGAAAUUGACGUUUGCCGUAAUCUUGAUUCUUAACCUCUCUAUUUAUAGGGAGAAGGCGACGACGACAGCAACAGCAACGCCUUAAACACAAUUUUAACUGAUUUCUUCGCCAGUCCCUGCUAAAACUACAACGUGAAAAGACCAAAGUUUAAGUUUACUUCAUUCAUAUUCCCUGAACCUUAUGAACCUCUUUUUUAGCCUGCGAGCAGGCUCACGUGUGCGAGAGCGGGAAAAAUGUUGUCGGCGGAGCAGCAGGCUAGCUCUUUCUGUAAGCAAUUCUCCCUUAGGCCACCAGGAAAAGCCAAAGUGGAGAACAAAAGUCUUAACACGAUAGAGUUAUGUUGACUCCCUUACCCCCUCGUCCUUAAGCAGUGCUGUAUUUUGUGAGCCCCUUACACUUUAUCCUGUCCCGUAAAGUGUUCGUUAUUCACAACAUUGUUUGGAGGGGGUGGGAGGGGAUGGCCAUUAGAGGCCUCCAAACUAUUGCAAAAGUGGAUCUCAUGCUACAGUUGCAUAUUUGAUAUUUGUUUCUACUGUUGAAGGAAGGGUUUCAAUAAUUGUUCCAGGGAUUUUUUACCUCCAUUGCAGUUUUACCGUGCGAACGUACACGGGAUACAGACAAAGACUUGCAAAUUACGAUUUCCUGGAGAAAUAGUCUCCAAAGAGUUUUGGUCGUAUUUUUUCGCAUUUUUGUUUGAGUUCUGUUGGAUGACUCGAGGUCUGCGUUUUGUUUUCCUUUGUCUAGCCGGUGUAAUGAUUUUCCACGACUUUCUCAAGUCCCAGUACUCUGAGGAGAACUUGUUAUUUUGGUUAGCGGUGGAGAAACUCAAAAAGGAAACAGAUCAGGCAGCAGUCAAGGAACUUGCCCAGUCGAUUUACAGAGACUAUCUUUCAGCGGAGUCUCCCAAAGAGGUGAGCAACAACGUGUACAUCAUAUUCGUGAGAGAAUUAUUGUCAAAUUCAGAGCGCAUUUUUUUCGGAGUACGCGAAAACGGUCUUGCCUCAGAUCAUAUAAAUUCUUCGCCACCGAAAAAAGGGAAAUCCGAAUAAGGAUCUUUUUGCCAUGGCAACAUCACGUCCUCGGGCUCCUCGUUGGCGACGUCAAAAACACGGUUCAGUUAGGUCAUGCACACACUGUACCUGUUGUGCACCAUUUCUAAAUGGAAAAAGCGUCAAAGAUACUUUAUUCAAUUCUCUCCUAGCCUGCGUAGCUGGCGGAAUUGUCUUUGCGUUUGGCGGCUGCCGCGAGAAGCGAGCUCUCAAGGCGCGAGAUGCCUUCCCAUUCUCCGCACUUAUUCUGCCAAAACUUUGCUCGCGCUAACGAACCCGCCGGCUAAUCCUCUCCAAAAAAGGCGGUAGAUCUCAAAAUCCGGCUUUGUGUGUUAUCGGUUGAAUCGCCGUAGUGUGUGGAUGUUGUGGAUUCAUGAUCGGUUUUGGGAUUUUUCCUGAUUUUUUUUAUUCAGACAUCCGGAUUUGGAUCUGCCGCUACUACCCGGAAAAAAUGACGAAACGCACCCUUUGAAAAACCGUGAGCACCCGGAAUAUUUCAGGAAUGUUUAUGUACCAUGUACCAAUAUUAUGUAGCAAAGAUUAGGACACGCGAGACAAGCCACAAAACUACGAACUUACUUCCGUCGUUACUUGUGGUUUAGUUUUUUUACUCUUGAUUGGUUUUUCUCUUAUCGAUGACUUAAAAUAAUACUGCAGAUAUAUUUUAGUGGUUCAUGGUUUUCGCCGCUUUACAACAAGUAAUAAAAAGAAGUGUGGCCAAGCGUGAAUCCUGAAGUAAAGCGUAGAUGUUGGCGACGAUCUGUAAAAUCUGUUCCUUUGAUUCCAGUUGCCCACAGUACCCUAAUAUGGGUCAUAAAUCGCAAAGUUAUUGUGGAGGCGGGGGAUUAAAAUACACUUAAAGCAAGACUUAUUUAAAAUGAUCCGUUUCUUCGGGAUGAUCAGGAUGAGGAUUUAUGAUUGCAGAAGACUCGAAUCAUAAUGCAUCAAUUAAGGAUCAAUCAAGUAACCGAUGAACCCUCGUCCAGAUGGGAUUUAUGAUUAGCGGUUCCCUUUGAUGCACCAUGAUCCGAGUGAUCUUGGAUCAUUAAUCCUGAUCCGGAUCAUCCCAAAGGAACGCUUCGCUUUGAACUGACUGUGCAGUGUGAUUCUAACUUUCUGUCACUCGUACAGCCAGAAAUGAAAACAGGAGCCGGAAAAUGAUCAGAAUUUUAUAAUGGUGUUAUUUAACAAUUAUUCCUCGAGCCCGAAUGUGCUAUUGAUUCAGAGGCCAUGAGGGCGAAAGGAAUAAUUGUUUUAGUAAAAUCCAACUACUUGGUCAAAAAUAUCGAGACAAGAUAUUUUGAGCUAGUUAAAGCUAGACUUUAAUCCUUUUUUGCCGCCAAAAAGCCGGCGCUUUUCGCUACUAGUGGGCUAUAACAUAUAGCCCAGUAGUAGCUCAACCAAUCAGAACGCAGCAUUGAUAAUAGACCACUACAGGGAAAGAGUAGGCUGAUUUAGCAACAGAACGGGAACAUCAGUUGACGACGGCGCGCAAAUCAAACAACUGGCUUGACCAAUCGCAGAGCGGCAAAUUGGGCACCGGAAGUCGAGUUUAGUCCUUUCCGCGCGCUUUCCCGUCGUCACCUGACGUUCCCUUCCUGUUGCUAAAUCAGCCUAAUGGUUCAAGAAGAGAUCAUUUAGGCCAUCACAUACCGGACAGCUUAUCGUGUGGACACGGAAGGAUAUUCAGUAUAGUGUGAACAACUACGGCCCGGUAAUGGAUCAAGUCGUUCACACAUCUCGGUUAGCCGAGAGGGCUUGAUGCUCUAAACCCCAGUCCUCGCUCCUGAAUAUUUACUUCCGUCUCGGUGGGUUCCAGUCUUCGCCCCUACUAAUCCACUUCCGCUACUAUCCGAAUACCUGUUCACGCUCCAAAGUGAGGCACGGAACCUAUCUGAUAUUUGCGCUUGUAUUUCAGGUCAGCAUAGACCACAAGACGCGUCAGACGAUUGAAGAAGUCAUGGAGGAACCAGAUCAGACGGUCUAUGACCAUGCGCAACGUCACGUCUAUUACGUCAUGUACCAGGACUGUUACCCAAGAUUCUUAGUGUCAAAUGUAUUCAAGGCACUUUUGAUGAGUAGUGAUUGAUGACGUGUUUCAACACAACCACUCAAUUUGCUCUUACAGUAUAUGAAUAGACCAUUUUAUAGUUGUAGAUGGAAACGAAGCUGGAGUUGACCUUGUUUUGACACAACCCUUGUUGCUUUUUUAUGUAAAUCAUGUUGUUCUUAAGCUAACUAGAAUUUUUCAGCAUAAUUCCCAUAAGAAAACAAAGGGGGUUUGCAUUAAAACAAGGUCAACCUUAGCCUCACAUUGACACGAAGGUUAGGGUACUAAGCCCAUAACGAUAAAAUAGUCUAUUUCAAAGGUCCCAACCACACGACAAGAAUGAGAAAGGAGAUUGUAAAUAUUGAACCAAGAAUGUUUAGAAAAUUGAAAUAUCGAUGAGUAAUACAGUCCAUAUUUCUCGGAUCAUUUCAUUCCUCCCAUCAUAAAAAUUUAUCAAAAAUUCGGCAAAUUGGGACUAUUUUCCUUUGUAAAUUAGAAUCAAUGUACACGAUUGUUUAAGUUGUGUCCUCUUUAUCGAAUAAUCCCAUGACUCCUCUCUCCUCGCCUAUUGCCUUUUUUUUGCAGAAAAUUUGCGGAAACGAACUGUUAUUGCAAACACCAUUUUCAUAUUUUUGUUAAGGUAUGAUUGUAGCUAACACGAAAUUGUCAAAUUUUAGAAGACGCAAGUAUUGUGAAGUAAUUUAUUAUUUUUAUCCGGUUUUGAUAACAUACAAAAAUUGAUUUACAAAUCAAUCGGGUACAUUCUUAUCAUAGUACGUGAAUAAGAUCCAUCAAGAACGCCGUCGCCAAAAAACCUACUUGAAGACAUUUCUUAUCUUCGAUACUUCUCUGAAAUAAAAACAGCAACCAAAUUCUUCCUGCUCUCCUGCUUCACGUAUUUAUCUGAUAUCCGGUCACCUGGCCACCGACAAAAUCACUACCAAGACUAGAACUUAGCUCUAUUGUCUUAAAAAGUUCAAAGUAUACACAAUAAAUGAAAAGAACUUUCAUGAACAGCCAUUUUCUCUUCACCAUUUCUUUGUCAUAUUUCAAAGAAAUGACAGGUGACUGUGAAACUUUUCGGCUAGGUUUUUAAUCUCACAAAUGGGAGCAUGAGAAGUUCGACGCAAGGAUUGUCAAUUAGGAUCGACAGAUUUCGAAGUCAAAUUCAAAUAAGCUUGACGAAAAAGUAAAACUCUUAGGUAAGUAGUCCUAGGUAUUAAACUGUGUCAAUUAUUUCAGAGUUAUUCAUUGGUGGCGUGUCACCUUCUUGGUUAGUGAGAUGACCGUAAACCAUUUAUCUGAUUGGUUUAACAGUGUUCGUCAGAGUUAAGACGCAGAAUCGUUUAUGUAUUGGGUAAGCGUAGUGCAGGGCAAGGCUUAAAAGGCGUGUUCGUUUUGGUCAUUGCGAAAUACACCUACUAGUUAAGCAAAAUUUUGGAAAAAAGAGUAUGUGAAUUGUUUUAAAAAAUGAGUAAAUGGUUUACCGAAAUUAUAUCAAUAGAAUAAAUGGAAUUCGUAUAAUUAUAUAAAAUAUGUUACUGUAAAUUAUUCUCGCGAAAAUUUUCUAAUGCGAGGGGUUUUACUAUUUAAUUUUAGC